AGGUUUAUGAUUCAUUCCUCCCUUGUUCCCAACACACACACAAAUAAAAUAAAUAAAAUUAGUAAGAUUUUGAAUAAUAAAUGGGAUUUUAUAUAAUUAUAGACAAGUAGUCGCGUUAUCGAGCCGCGCCUUUUCAGUGUGAAGCUCUGUACCGUUUUGUCCUUCAAAAUCGUUGGUAGAUCGCGGGAUGAAAUGGCGGCGGCGGAGGAGGUGAAAGCGAUUCUGAGGGAAGCAUUCGGCGAUUCAUCGUCGGAAAGCGACAGUGAAUCUUCGGCUGAUUGCAAUCGAAUCAGCGAUUGGAGCGACGAAAUCGCGAGGCCUCUCUCAAUUUUUGGGGAUAGCCACACAUGGGAGCAGAUCACUGAAAUCAAUGGCCUCUGGAUAUGCAGCGAUUUUCUGUCUCCCGAUCAGCAGUCUUCGCUGCUAUCUGCCCUUGAACAAGAUGGAUAUGUAGGUGACGCCUCGCACAAUCAGGGUAUGAGGUUCGGAGAUCUCCCUCGCUGGGCCGUUGAGCUUUCGCGCAGCAUACGCGAGAAUAUCGUUGUUAGUGAAAACAAGGAACAGCGUUUAUUUCCAGCAGAAGUGCUAUGGAGAGAGCCCCUUUUUAACCAACUCAUAGUGAAUGUAUACCAGCCCGGUGAGGGGAUUGCGGCGCAUGUGGAUCUGAUGCGUUUCGAAGAUGGGAUAGCAAUAGUGUCACUGGAGUCGGCGUGCGUGAUGCACUUCACCCAAGGGUCAUCAUCAGUUCCACUGCUCCUGCUCCCAGGAUCACUGGUGUUGAUGUGGGGCGAGGCACGCUACCUUUGGAAGCACGAAAUUAAUCGUAAGCCCGGAUUUCAGAUAUGGGAAGCUCAAGAAAUCCACCAGAAGAGGAGAACUUCUAUCACCCUCAGAAGCCUUUCUCCAACACCACAACCGUUAGCUUAACUUCCUGUGUGUAUUGCUUCAACUAACUCAUUUUAAUUCACAUUCUUGUUUUUACCUUAGAUGCGAAAUGGCCAUUCAAAUGAUGGAUAUGUUGCAGCCAUAUAUAUAUCAGCUCACAAUGCAUAUGUGUUUGUGUGUUUUAUAUUAAUGCUAUCUAUCCACCUAUAUGGCUAUAUUGACUUCAUAAUGCAUAUAUGUGCUAUUGCAUUUUGUACAUGUCAUGCUCCUAUCCAUAACUUUUAUUU